UUUUUUUCUUUUUUGCCCCUUUUCUGCAAAGCACGAGUCUUCUCCAAUGUCAACUCAGAAUUCCGAUUCCGAUCAUUUCUUCUUCAUUGGGUUAUUCUAACUUGUUGCAGUUUCCUUCCUCGCAAAAAAGAAAAAAAAAGAAAAAUUAAAUAAAAAUCCCUUCUUUUUCGUUUUUAGUAUUCGAUUCCCAGAAAAACUGCCUUCUUCGUGGGGGGUUUUGUUUUUUUUUCUUUUUUUCUAUAUGGGAGAAAAAUCAAUUCGGUAAAAUUUCCGUUCAGAGAAGUCUGACAAUGUUGGAUUUAGAUAAUCCGUUCCCUUCAUUUCCGCCAUUUUCCGCAAGAAUCGCGUUACUUUCUGGGCUCAGUUCUUCCCCAAAUGCCUAAAUUUCUCUCGGGCAUUUUGCCGAACAAUUGGUGUUCAAGGGCCAAUUUCUUCCCCAAGUUCUUGAACAUCCGUUGGAAAAUGGGCUGCGUUCAGGCCAAGUGCUGCAAAAGAUACCCCCCAUCUUCCGACGACGAAUCCGUCAUAUACCCCGGCCAAAACACCCGUAUUCUCGCCAAUACCCCUUCCCUAGAAAUCGUCGACAUCCCUUCGAACAAUCUCCGGUUAUCCUAUUCCGUCCUUUCGCAACGAGGUUAUUACCCAGAAACCCCUGAUAAAGAAAAUCAAGACAGCUGCUGUGUCAGAACAAACAUCCAGGGCAACCCGAAUGUCCAUUUCUUCGGUGUGUUCGAUGGGCACGGUUUGUCCGGUACGCAAUGCUCGAAUUUCGUCAAGGAUAAGCUAGUCGAGAAGCUGUCGAAUGAUUCUUCGUUGCUGGAAGAUCCCAUUAAGGCUUACAGCACUGCGUUUCUAUCGACAAACGAGGAACUCCACACCGAAAACCUAAUAGACGAUUCCAUGAGCGGCACCACGGCUAUAACAGCCCUAGUAAUCGGUGAUAAGCUCUAUGUGGCAAAUGUGGGUGAUUCGAGAGCAGUUCUAGCUGUUAAGGAAGGUGAUAAGCUGGUCGCUCAGGAUUUGUCGUACGAUCAAACCCCGUUCAGAAAAGACGAGUGCGAAAGGGUGAAGCUUUGUGGGGCCAGGGUUUUGAGUGUUGAUCAAGUUGAAGGGAUAAAAGAUCCAAGAAUUCAGUCGUGGGGUGAUGAGGAAUCCGAGGGGAGCGAUCCUCCGAGAUUGUGGGUGCAAAACGGGAUGUACCCUGGAACUGCGUUUACACGAAGUGUUGGUGAUAGUACAGCGGAGAAGAUCGGUGUGGUGGCUGAUCCGGAAGUUUCGACGGUGCAGAUUGCGCCGAAUCAUCCUUUCUUUGUUGUUGCGAGUGAUGGGGUUUUCGAGUUUCUGUCCAGCCAGACAGUCGUCGACAUGGUUAACAAAUAUGCUGACCCAAGAGAUGCUUGUUCAGCCAUUGCUGCGGAAUCAUACAAAUCGUGGUUAGAGCACGAAAACCGCACGGAUGAUAUAACAAUCAUCAUUGUACACAUUAAAGACUUGAAUAAUGUAUAAAGACAACAUUGGGCAGUAGCUCAUGGAUUACUCUGAUUUUUAAAUACCACAUCUACUUUUCGUUUAUCGUCUUGAAAUAUUUGCGUGGCGAUGGUUAUUACAAUGCAGAUACUGUAUAUACUUUGAUGUGUUCUAGCGUAUGUUGUUGUUGCAUGUGAUUCAGUUUACUUCAA